AAAACAAAGUCUAAAUAAAAUUAAAAAUCUCUGGUGAAGUUCAAUCCCAAAGCUCGGUUCCUUUUGGCGGCUCGUCGCUGCUCGCGCGGAGGACGCUCAGGACCGCAGCCGGGGUUCUUCCGAAUUCCUAUUCCUACCUCAACUCUAUCUAUCUCUCCCCUUAUAUUGUUGCCAUCUACUUCUCGUCUUCUGUUUCACUUCGCUGCUCUCCAUUUUGAGGAAAUAAGAUCCCCAUCCAUAUGGCGUUGUCCUGCUCAAGUUUGAGACUUCAUUCUUCCUCCACUUUAUAUGGUGAUUGUCAUUCUGGCAUCAAUGUUAUUGAUUGCAAUGAUAGGCAUCUGUUCAUUGAAUCCUGUGGUUUUAAAGUCCAAACUUGUCCAAGAUCACAGCUUGCUUUGUCCUGGAAAGAAAUGGCUGUUCCAGUUUCUUUUAGAGUGGAGAGUAGUGUUAAUGAGAACAAGGAAAGAUGGGUUUUUCAAAUCAUAAGCAAGUUACAGUCUUCUGGUAAAGAUGGUUCUAAUGAUGUCACAGUCAAUAUAUUGUUAAACGAUGGUGAUGUUGCAUUAGAGAGGGGUGCUGCUGUUUCAGAGAAAAACCACUUUCCAGAUACUGGGUGUGGAAAUGGAGGUGCAGAAUCUGGUGGUAAUGGGAAAUUUCCACCUGGAGGAGGAGGUGGUGGUGGUGGUGGCAGCCAUAAUGAGGAUGAUAAAGAAGAGGAUGAAUUUGGGCCAGUUCUGAAGUUUGAUGAGAUAAUAAGAGAAACUGAGUCACGUGGAGUUGAGCUUCCAUCUGACAUGUUAGAGGCUGCCAAAACCAUGGGGAUUCAAAAAGUUCUCCUUGAGAGAUACCUGGAUUUGCAGGCAGCAGCUUGGCCACUUGGUAUUGCAAUGAAGUCAUGUUCAAUGCUUAGGAAUCGAAUGCUUGCUGAUCCAUCCUUCCUUUUUAAAAUUGGAACAGAGAUAAUCAUCGACUCUUGCUGUGCGACGUUUGCAGAAGUGCAAAAGAGAGGCAAGGACUUUUGGGCAGAAUUUGAGUUGUAUCUUGCAGAUCUUUUGGUAGGAGUUGUUGUUAAUGUUGCUUUGGUGGGAAUGUUGGCACCUUAUGCACGGAUUGGGCAGCGCUCUGUAUCUAAAGGCAUUUUUGGACAGAUGAAGCAUGCUUAUAAUGCUCUGCCUAGUAGUGUAUUUGAAGCCGAAAGACCAGGAUGCAGCUUUUCAGUUCAGCAACGAAUAGGAACAUACUUUUAUAAGGGAUUUUUGUAUGGGUCAGUUGGAUUUGCAUGUGGCCUAGUGGGGCAAGGCAUUGCCAAUAUGAUCAUGACUGCUAAACGUGCUAUGAGGAAAUCAGAAGAGGACAUCCCUGUUCCACCUCUUGUGAAAAGUGCUGCUCUUUGGGGUGUAUUUCUUGCUGUUUCUUCCAACACUCGGUACCAGAUAAUCAAUGGCCUUGAAAGGCUAGUGGAGGCAUCACCUGUGGCCAAACGUGUCCCCAUUGUUGCAAUGGCCUUCACUGUGGGUGUCCGUUUUGCAAACAACGUAUACGGUGGUAUGCAAUUUGUGGACUGGGCUCGUUGGAGUGGAGUUCAGUAAUUUUACAUUCAUUACUAUGCAUUCAAUACAAAUGUUUUGGAUGUCUUACGCCUUUCAAUUACUUCAUAGUUCCUGGAUGUCUUAUAUUUUUUUAAAUUGCUACUUCAUAACUC